GCGCUGAGCGCUGUGCCUGUGCCCGCAGGGUCCCUGUCGUCGCUUCCAAAGGGAAACCACACGAUGUCCGGAGGUUUGGAUGUCCUGCAGAUGAAGGAGGAAGAUGUCCUCAAGUUCCUCGCUGCCGGGACGCACCUGGGAGGCACCAACCUUGACUUCCAGAUGGAGCAGUAUAUCUACAAAAGGAAAAGCGAUGGUAUCUACAUCAUCAAUCUGAAGAGGACCUGGGAGAAGCUCCUCCUAGCAGCCCGUGCCAUUGUUGCCAUUGAGAACCCAGCUGACGUGAGCGUCAUUUCUUCUAGGAACACUGGACAGCGUGCUGUCCUGAAGUUUGCUGCUGCCACUGGGGCUACUCCUAUUGCUGGGCGUUUCACCCCCGGUACCUUCACCAACCAGAUCCAAGCAGCUUUCCGUGAGCCAAGACUCUUGGUGGUCACGGACCCCCGUGCUGACCAUCAGCCACUGACGGAGGCAUCUUACGUCAACAUCCCGACCAUCGCGCUCUGCAACACUGACUCUCCGCUGCGCUAUGUGGAUAUCGCCAUCCCCUGCAAUAAUAAGGGAGCGCACUCAGUGGGUCUGAUGUGGUGGAUGCUGGCUCGGGAGGUACUGCGCAUGCGUGGCACCAUUUCCCGUGAGCACCCGUGGGAAGUCAUGCCUGACCUGUACUUCUACAGGGAUCCUGAGGAGAUUGAAAAGGAGGAGCAGGCUGCUGCUGAGAAAGCAGUCACAAAGGAGGAGUUCCAGGCCGAAUGGACAGCCCCAGCUCCUGAAUUCACUGCUCCUCCUCAGCCGGAGGUGGCAGAUUGGUCUGAGGGAGUGCAGGUCCCCUCUGUGCCCAUCCAGCAGUUCCCCACAGAGGACUGGAGUGCCCAGCCUGCCACUGAGGACUGGUCAGCAGCUCCCACGGCCCAGGCUACUGAGUGGGUUGGCACUGCCACGGAGUGGUCUUAACUUCAGUCCCACAGUACAGAGAGAGAAAAAUAAAGGCUGGUUUAGUACACA